GUGUUUAUUAGAUGGGGUCAGUGACCCCCAUUUGAGAGGUGGAAAGAGUGAGGAGAAGAAGAAGAGGCAAAUAAAGAAUAGAAAGAAAUGCUGAAGUGUACAAUGUAUCAGACAGGAAUAUGAGGAAUAAACAACUGCAGCACAUGAAGUCCAACGAGUAAAUGGAGAAGGCCAGUGAGUGACGUCAGACGUUACGCAAUCAUACAGCUGUAGGGCAGGGACUUCCGGGAGACUUGAAAGCUGCGACUCACGGGAGAACCAACAUAGUGGUAACCGCCUCCCACAUUUUGAAUGACAGGAGCAAACAGCCAAUAGCGUAGGCUGUCAACAAAUGUUCAGAGGCGUCUUGGUCUCCAUGGAGACCGCGGAUUCCACCUCUCCCGGAAGGGAUUGCUCAGUAGCCAAUCGGAGGAGGAGAUGGUACCAAGAGCGGAUAUCCGGCUGUUGUGUGUUUGUCUGGCUGCCGGCACGUGAAUCCGGAUGUUGAAGGGAAGCGAGUAGAGAAAUAAAAGAGAGGUAUAAAGAGGUUUCGCUUCCGCACGAUCAUGUACGCCGUGUACCGACAAGCGCACCCGCCCACCGGCCUGGAGUUCUCCAUGUCCUGCAACUUCUUCAACAACUCCGAGCGGAACCUGGUGGUGGCGGGAACCUCGCAGCUCUACGUGUAUCGGCUCAACCCGAGCUCUGAGAGCUCGUCCAAAGGGGAGUCCGUGUCAGAGGUGAAGGGUCACAAGGAGAAGCUGGAGCUCAUGGCCUCCUUCUCCUUCUUCGGUAACAUCAUGUCUAUGGCCAGUGUCCAGUUGGCUGGAGCCAAGAGAGACGCCCUGUUACUGAGCUUCAAGGAGGCCAAGCUCUCAGUAGUGGAGUACGACCCCGGGACCCAUGAUCUCAAGACUCUGUCCUUACAUUACUUUGAGGAGCCAGAACUGCGGGACGGAUUUGUGCAGAACGUUCACAUCCCUAAAGUGCGUGUGGACCCCAGUGGGCGCUGCGCUGUCAUGUUGAUCUAUGGCACCCAGCUGGUUGUUCUGCCCUUUCGGAGGGAUACCCUGGCAGAGGAGCACGAGGGACUGGUGGGAGAAGGGCAGAAGUCCAGUUUCUUGCCCAGUUAUAUCAUCGACGUGAGGGAACUGGAUGAGAAGCUGCUGAAUAUCAUUGAUAUGCAAUUCCUCCAUGGCUACUAUGAGCCCACCCUCCUCAUCCUGUUUGAGCCCAAUCAGACCUGGCCUGGCCGAGUUGCCGUGCGACAGGACACCUGCAGCAUUGUAGCGAUUUCUCUGAACAUCAUGCAGAAAGUGCACCCCAUCAUUUGGUCCCUCAACAGCCUCCCCUAUGACUGCACCCAGGCACUGGCUGUACCCAAACCCGUUGGUGGGGUGGUGAUAUUUGCUGUGAACUCCCUUCUGUACCUGAAUCAGAGUGUCCCCCCAUACGGUGUGUCGCUGAACAGCCUGACCAAUGGAACCACUUCCUUCCCUCUCAAGCCGCAGGAGGAGGUGCGCAUCACGCUCGAUUGCUCCCAGGCCACAUUCAUCUCCUAUGACAAGAUGGUGAUUUCCCUGAAGGGAGGAGAGAUUUAUGUUGUGACUCUCAUCACAGACGGUAUGCGCAGUGUCCGAUCAUUUCACUUUGACAAGGCGGCCGCCAGUGUCCUCACCACUUCUAUGACACCGAUGGAGCCCGGCUAUUUAUUCCUGGGCUCACGACUGGGCAACUCUCUUCUCCUGCGCUACACUGAGAAGGCUCACGAUUCACCUGCCGGGCCCAGUAAAGAUCCAGACAAACCGGAUGAGCCCCCUAAUAAGAAGAAGCGAGUUGAUUCCUCUCUGGCCCUUCCCGGCAGUAAAGGGAACACCGUGGAUGAAGUUGAUGAGAUUGAAGUGUACGGCAGUGAGAUGCAGUCUGGGACACAACUCUCCACUUAUUCCUUUGAGGUGUGUGACAGUAUCCUGAAUAUCGGGCCCUGUGCUAUGGCUUCAAUGGGUGAGCCAGCCUUCCUGUCUGAAGAGUUCCAGGAGAGCCCAGAGCCAGACUUGGAAAUAGUAUUGUGUUCUGGAUAUGGGAAGAACGGUGCCCUGUCUGUUCUGCAGAAAAGUAUCCGCCCUCAGGUGGUGACGACCUUUGAACUCCCUGGAUGCCACGACAUGUGGACAGUGAUCUCCAGUCAGAAGAAAGAAGAGCAGGAAGGGGAGAAAGAAGGAGAAACACCCUCUGUGGAGGCAGAAGAGGACACCAACCGUCAUGGCUUCCUUAUCCUGAGCCGAGAUGAUUCUACCAUGAUUCUGCAGACGGGGCAGGAAAUUAUGGAACUGGACACCAGUGGAUUUGCCACUCAGGACCCCACGGUGUAUGCUGGGAACAUUGGAGACAAUAAAUACAUCGUACAGGUGUCCCCCCGGGGAAUCCGCCUGCUGGAAGGAGUGACCAACCUGCACUUUAUCCCGGUGGAUCUGGGCUCCCCCAUAGUGCACUGCGCCGUGGCUGAUCCCUACGUGGUGAUUCUCAGCGCUGAAGGACAAGUCUCCAUGUUUGUGCUGAAGAGUGCCGAUCCUUACGGGAAAACUCACCGUCUCGUCCCACAGAAGCCCACCCUCCAUUACCAAUCCAAAGUCAUCGCUCUGUGUGUGUAUCGGGACGUGAGUGGGAUGUUCACUACGGAGACCAGAUCCGCCCACUAUAAGGACGACCCCACGGGCCACAAUAUGGCGGAGGGGGAGGGACUUAUCCAGGAAAUGAGUCACUCUGUGGAUGAUGAGGAUGAAAUGUUAUAUGGGGAUUCCGGACUCCUAUCCAGCCCCAAGAAGGAGGAGUCCCAGAAGAGUAACCCGCCCACAACAGAGAAAGACUCCUCCCAAUACAGGGUGGAGCCUUCUCACUGGACUGUGCUGGUGAGAGAGAAUGGGACGAUGGAGAUUUACCAACUCCCUGACUGGCGGCUGGUUUUCCUGGUGAAGAAUUUCCCGGUGGGACAGCGGGUGCUGGUGGACAGUUCGUUUGGGCAGCCGAGUGCCGCGGGGGAGGGGCGCAAGGAGGAGGUCACACGACAGGGGGAGUUGCCUUUAGUGAAAGAAGUUCUUCUUGUUGGACUGGGGAACCGGCACAGUCGCCCCUACCUGCUGGUGCUGGUGGAUUGUGAGCUUCUCGUAUACGAGGCGUUUUCUCAUGAAUCCCAAGGGAAUCUCAAAGUUCGCUUUAAGAAGGUCCCUCACAAUAUCAAUUUCCGAGAGAAGAAACCCCGACAGUCUAAGAAGAAAUGUGAGGGUUCCAGCGAGGAGGUUCCCUCCAGGGGCCGGGUGGCCAGGUUCCGUUAUUUCCAGGAUAUUUUCGGCUACUCGGGGGUGUUUAUUUGUGGCCCUUCCCCUCACUGGCUCCUGGUUACCUCCCGAGGGGCCCUGCGCUUGCACCCCAUGACUAUUGAUGGUUUCAUCGAGUCCUUCGCCCCCUUCCACAAUGUCAACUGCCCCAAAGGCUUCUUGUACUUCAACCGACAGGGGGAGCUGAGGAUCUGUGUGCUGCCGGCUAAUCUUUCCUAUGACGCCCCGUGGCCAGUGAGGAAGAUCCCACUACGAUGCACCGCUCAUUAUGUCUCGUACCAUGUGGAGUCCAAGGUGUACGCAGUGGCCACGAGUGUGCACGAGGUUUGUACGCGGGUCCCACGGAUGACUGGAGAGGAGAAGGAGUUUGAAACAUUAGAGAGAGACGAUCGCUACAUGCCACCUGUGCAGGAAUCCUUCUCAAUUCAGCUGAUUUCCCCACUGAGAUGGGAAACGAUCCCAAACGUCAGGAUCGACCUGGAGGAGUGGGAACAUGUGACCUGCAUGAAAACCGUGAACCUGAAAAGUGAGGAGACCGUGUCUGGCCUAAAGGGGUACAUUUCCGUGGGGACGUGCCUGAUGCAGGGGGAGGAGGUGACCUGUAGAGGAAGGAUUCUCAUUAUGGACAUCAUUGAAGUGGUUCCGGAGCCGGGGCAGCCGCUCACAAAGAACAAGUUCAAGGUUCUGUAUGAAAAGGAGCAGAAGGGACCGGUCACAGCCCUGUGUCACUGCAAUGGCUACUUGGUCACUGCAAUAGGCCAGAAGAUCUUCCUGUGGAGUCUGAAGGACAAUGAUCUGACGGGCAUGGCCUUCAUAGACACCCAGUUGUACAUCCACCAGAUGAUCAGUGUGAAGAACUUCAUCCUGGCAGCGGAUCUAAUGAAGAGCAUCUCGUUACUGCAGUACCAGGAGGAGAGCAAGACUCUGUCCCUCGUUAGCAGGGACGUGAAGUCGCUGGAAGUUUACAGUGUGGAGUUUCUUGUGGAUAAUAAUCAGCUGGGCUUUCUGGUUUCAGAUCGGGACAGAAACAUUAUCUUGUACAUGUACCUCCCUGCAGCUAAGGAGAGUUUUGGGGGGCAGCGGCUCCUGCGUCGAGCAGACUUUCACGCCGGCUCCAACAUCAACACGUUCUGGAGGAGCCCCUGCCACGGAGCCAGUGAGGGGCCGAGCCGUAAAACAGUCACGUGGGACAAUAAGCAGAUCACAUGGUUUGCCACACUGGAUGGAGGGGUGGGGCUUCUGCUGCCAAUGCAAGAAAAGACUUACCGGCGCCUCCUAAUGUUACAGAACGCGCUAACGCUGUUACCCCACCAUGCCGGACUCAACCCGCGGGCAUUCAGGAUGUUGCAGUCGGGCCGGCGCAUGUUGCAGAACCCAGUGAGGAAUGUUCUGGAUGGAGAGCUGCUCAAUCGCUAUUUGUACCUGAGCAACAUGGAGCGCAGUGACCUGGCCAAGAAGAUUGGGACCAGCACAGACAUUAUCCUGGAUGAUUUAUUGGAGAUUGAUCGGGUGACGUCACUCUUUUGAGCCCCCCAUGUUCCUCCUCCCCCCAAACAUCUGUUCCCCCUCCCCCAUUGUAUCUUUGUACAGUUUGUGUUUUUUAUGAUAAAAAUGAAACUUCACAAACAA